AUGUACUCUCAAAGACCACCAUGGCUCGAAGCCUUCUACAAUGACUCGGGUCUACCCCCAAAGUUGUUCGCCUGGAAGCCUUCAAAUCUCAAUUGCGAUCCCAACCUUGGUACUUCUUCAAGCGCUUCGACCUCAAGUGUCUCAGGUGACUCAGAGCAGCGCAUAUAUGUCCUAGGAAUUGGCAACUUGGGUCGACUUUUCGCAAGCUCUCUGGCGCAAGCACCUGAAAGGCCUCCUAUAACGCUCGUUGUGCACAGAAAGGAGCUUCUGACACAAUGGAUGGAAGGUCAAGGCAUCGAGUUGUUGCGUUUAGGCAUACUAGAGAGGAACAGGGACUUUGACAUUGAGUGGUGGACAGAGUCCAAGCCAGAAACUGGUCCAGUCAGCGAGGUUGCUCAAGGCGGAAAGCUGAAGAAUCUAAUCAUCACCACCAAAGCCUCUGCGGCAUUGCCGCAAGUUGAUCAGGUUCGAGGAUAUCUGGAUCGAAACAGCACUGUCGCCUUUGCUCAGAAUGGGAUGUCCAAACUCUGGCCGCCUCAUGGGCCAGCAUAUGCCAGCCAUCGAUUUGCGGUUGGCGACGCACCCAACUUCUUGGCCUGCGUAACAACACACGGGGUUACCUCUCAGGGGCCGUUCAGAAGUCUGCACGCUUCUCAGGCGGACGUCACAGUUGGGUCCGUUCUCCCAAAUGAGUCAUCGAGUGAGCAAAGUGCAUACUUGAUGAAGCAGAUGCUCCAGGCACCUCACCUCAACGCCAGAUCAGUGUCUAGGGGAGAGCUCUGGAUUCUACAGUUGGAGAAGCUGGUUGUAAAUGCCGUUAUCAACCCUUUGACAGCCAUUCUAGGGUGCAAGAAUGGUGCUCUAUUCACAGAGCCUGAUGGAGUUAUCGCAACCAUCAUCGAUCAACUACUAAGCGAGGCAAGCCACGUUCUGCAGCUUCUCGUUGCUCACGAAAGCAGUGCAGAAGUCAUUGGACAGCCGUCCAACCAGGAUGAUACAGCAGCAACGCAGGCAGACACGAGACUUGACCUGUCUCCAAGCAGCCUGCAUGAGAGAUUCUCUCAGCCACACUUGAAGGAGAUGGUGUACCGAGUGGGUCACAAGGUGAAGGACAACACCAGCUCCAUGCUGCAAGACGUGCGCGCCGGCAGAUCAACCGAGAUCAGGGACUUCAACGGCUGGCUAAUCGAGACAGCUGCCUUCCUGGACGGGAGCUUGGACGUGGCAGGCCAUCGUGCAAUGGUGGACCUGGUAGAGGGAGGCCAGACCCUGGAUGUGGAUCGUCUCGGAGCGCGUCUCAACGGUUCCGGCGCAGGCGCCAGAAAAUAG